AUGCGACUUCGGAAUAUAUUCCAUCGGCGCAUCAAGUCUCGCUCAACUACAGGGAUCGACAUCAAUUCCUUCCCUUCGCCCGCGCUCACGCCCGCACCCGUUGACAAGACCGCACACCUUCCUGACGAUAUCAUCUACGAGAUCUUCGAAGCCGCUGCGGUUGUAUAUCCUCCCUGCGCGCUCGCCACAUCACAAGAUGUCCCAACCCUCCGCGACACCGACACUCGUCUCGGGUGGAUUGUCCUCACGCACGUCUGUCGGCGUUGGCGCACCCUCGGACUAAGCGGGAGUCUCGCCGGUCUAUGGGCACGCGUCGUAUGCAUGUCCUCGCGACGAGAAGUCAUUGCCGAACUUUCCCGGCGCGCGAAGGGACAUCCUGUCACGAUCGACCUCUCGCGGUUCAAUACCUUGGACGGCCACGGGCUUCUACGGCACUACCACGCUAUCUUGCCUUUGGAGGUCUGGGCUAUCCACAACAUCUCUCGCGCAGGUGUGUUGGUGUCACCUGGUGGUCCCAUGCUUCGUCACCUGAAGGACGUGCACCUCACAUUACCUGAUCUACGCCAGGUGCGCUUCGGCGGCAUGGACGUGCCGUUGGACUUCAACCCGCGAUGGGAGCUUCCUCGGCUGAGAUGCGCGCACCUCUCGAUGACCUUGGUCCCGCACACCUGGGGCGCGACAUUGCGCGAAAUCCAUAUUGGCAUCAACACUUCACUGGUACCGCUCGGAGCUUUGCACGCCUUCUUACGCUCGUGCCCUCUUCUGGAGUUUCUUGACGUCUCGGUCACGGGCGCUGGGCCGUUUCAAGGAGGCCAUCAUUUCGAGGAUGAGCGCGACGCCCGCUCGGGUCCGAUCGUAUUGGACCAUCUACAGAGUGCAAGAGUGGUCGUCGGUUCAGAUCGCAUGCUAUCCGACCUAUGGCGCCCCAUCCGUCAUCCACCCAAGAUCUCGUUCGAACUUUCGUACGAACUCGACAAAUUCGAAACGGGAUCGGUGGCUCUGCCGAACAUGGAGACGUUGUUAGACGUUUGCCAGAGGGAGAUGGACCACGCUAUGUACGACAAGUUGGAGGUCGACAUCCCACGCACCUCGGGGAUUGGUCGCUUCGACAUGCGCGUUCGUUUGUCGUCGUCUUCGACGGAGACGAUGUGCGAGCUUUCAUUCCCGACGGACAACACUACGCGUCUCACGGCCCUAUCAAUCUUGCCAGCGUUCAUUCCACACGCCUCGUUCCAUAUCACCACGCUCGCGCUCACCUCCCUCGCCGCUUCCACCGUCUCGAUCGAUCUCAAUACACUCGGAACGCUAUUACGCGCACUGGGGUCCGUGACGGUCUUGGAGCUCAAAGCUCUGGAUAUCUGGUCCGUCGCUUCGCACAUCCUUGUGCUCAGACAGGCCAAACUUGAGCCUGUCUUACCCUCCCUUCGUACUCUCGUACUCUCGUCAGUGAGCCUUAUACCUGGAGCCUUCAAGCUCUCAGACGAUCCGGAGGUCCAUCGGGAGCGCACGCGGCAGUGGUGGGACACAAUCGCGUCUGCGUUGGCUGCGAGGAAGUACGCGUGUGGUGUGGGAGGGAUAAGGUCUCUGAAGCUCGAGGGAUGCUGGACGGGGAGGCGCGGGUGGAGCGAAAGUGAAGAUUGGUGGGGAAUGGAGAACUUGACGGGGAGGAAGCUGGUCGCGGAGCUAUUUGAUCGGCGGGUAUGGGAAGAUUAG